AUUCAUGCUCUCAGUCUGUCAGUGCCGUUGUGAUGGUGGUGAUGAUGGAGCCGGUACAGAAGCAGAACUGGUACUUCAUGGUACUCCUGGUUUCUCUCACGUCUCUGAAAGUGUCUGAUCAGCUGAAGGCCGGGGGCCACAGGGUGGUGCUGAAGGAUGGCAUGGUGCUCACCUGCACGUGUCCCUGGAACGGCACACUCACCAUGUUGUCAUGGACCAAAGAGGGCGAGUCCAGUCCGCUCGCCAUCUACCACCCGGAUUUCGGGGUCAGUUUCUCCACAGAGUACGACGGCCGGGUGAGCUUCCUCAGGGGCUCCAAAUUAGAUGGGAGCAUCUCCAUAACUAACAUCAGCGGGAGGGACGAGGGUCGUUACCACUGCUCCAUACAGACGUUUCCUAAAGGACCCUGGAGCAAAUUUAUACACGUGGAGAAACGAGUGUCGUUCCCCAGCGUCAGUCCCAGCACGGAUCUCAUUGUUCCUGAGAACAGCAGCCUGACCAUCGUCUGUAGGAACGUCCGUGGUGGACUGGUGUACGAGGUCACUCUGGAGAGGCUGGAGAGCACGGACGGAGGACACAGCAGCUUGGUGGCGGUGUGUAGGCUGACCGAGGGCGUGGUGAAGCUGGAGCAGGUUUCACACGCAGGAUCAGUGAACUGCAGUGAGGAGAUGGAGAUGGAGUUACAGUUGGAGGACGGAGGUGGAGAUGAUAGAGGAAUUUAUCGCUGUAACUUCAGCACAGACAUCGGCGUGUACAGCACUAUCAUCCACCCAACGACACCGCACAGUCAAGGGUUUGAAUCUUAUCAGUACAGUCAGUACAUGUAUAUCGGAGCAGGAGGAGCAGCUGCACUCGUUCUGAUGGGAGUGGUUUUUUUCUACGUGUGGAUAAACAGGAGGAGAGAGAGGAGACUGGAAUACAGCAUCAAUUCACACGCCGCCAAACGACAGAAUAACAAGUGUGAACACGGUGGAGUUUAUGACAGGAUGAAAAAGACGACCAGGCAGCAGAGAAAAAACGAUCCAGUGUACGCCAACAUCCGAACCGUACGGGAACAGAAGAACAGGAAGAGAUGAUCCUUCAAACUUAAUUACUGGAACCUUUAAAUGACUGAUGAUUACGGAUCGAGCAUUGGUUCGGUCUGAUCGCCUGCUUUUGGGUCACAAACCAGCAGCAAACACGGAUAUAAAAAACAGCAAUAAAAUCAGAUAGUGCUCGGAUGAACAUAAAUCGAAGGGCGACUAAAAACUGAAAAGCAAAAUAUAGCUGUUAUAAAAUAUAUUUUUAUAUCCUCAUUUUCUUUUUCUAUAUUUAUAUAUGCACUAAUAUGCCCUUGCUUAACAGUACAAUCAAAUCACAUCCCCCUAACUACGUACUAACACUUCAGAAAAGCAUCAAGAGAAUAUUAGAAGCUGAUCUUACUGAUCUACCUUUAUGUGCAGAGCCGGAGAACCAAACUCUGAAGAUGAAGCUGUGAGAGGAAGCGCCUGGUUUACAGCAUGGUCAGGGCGGAGGUCCUCGGUUUUGGUGCUUUAUUCUCACAGAACAGUGUUAAAAAUGUUCAGUUCUGACUGAUGUGGAUUAUUUAUGCCUUUAUAGACACUGUAGAAUGAGAACAACUACAAGUUUCUUUAAA